AAAUGGUAACAGGCUUCUUCUUCUUUAUAUAUCUGUCUAGCUUUUGCAGCUCUCAUCCAUUGAAAUUUAAGAAAUCCUGCAAGUUCAAAUUCCCGAUAUUUUUUUUCUUAACUUAUCUAUCGUCGUUCGGAAAGUGCUGAUCAAGUUCUGGGUGGUAUCUCUCGUUUAAACACUGUAGGUGAAUAGAAGAUGGAGGCAGAAGUAAUAGAAUCAAAUAUACUGCUACCUCAGCAUCUCAGUUUCAAGAGGGUCCAGGUAUUGGAGAAAUACCCAAAAGGCCAAGCAAGAGGGAGGCACUGGAAACAUUUGAAGCAAAUCUUGCAGGGCGAAAACUACCAAACUUGCUCUCCAGACGACCCAACUUAUGUCAAUAUUGAGACGCCACCUUCAAAGUAUCCUUCAAAGAAAUUUUGCGACAUUACGGGGUGUGAGGCACGUUACAUAGAUCCAAGGACAAAUCUUCGUUAUGCAAAUACUGAUGUCUUUAAGCGUAUAAGAAUGCUGCCGAACGAGUAUGUUCAGAGGUAUCUGACUCUCAGAAAUGCUGCAGUUGUCUUGAAGUAACUUGGAACUUAGAACGGUUUCCAUCAGAGAGAAAUUUGAGAAUCCCUUGUACUGUCGGUUUAAUUUAUUGAUGUAGAAACCAUUCUUUUUUAAUUUCUGAUUAGUGUAUACUGGUUGUCAUCAAUUAAAGCUUUAUCUGGUCACCCCCUCCUUCCCCCUCCGAUGAUUGGAAGUGGAGCACGGGUGAGGCGCACAUAAUAAAGUUUGGGUGAAUCUGUUUUCCAGGCACAAUCAUUGCCUUUCCUCACA